AUGAGUCUUUUAAAAAUUAACACAGUUGAUCGCCUGGAUCGGCCCAGUGCUUACUAUGCUGGCAAGCAAAAGCGACGCAGAUACAAUGACCGAGAAGAGGACCGAGAUCGCGAGCGCGAAAAGGAGGAUGAGUUAGCUAAACUGCAGAAUGCAACAACCCUCUACGUGGGCAACCUGUCAUUCUAUACCACCGAAGAACAGAUCCAUGAACUCUUUGCCAAGUGUGGCGAGAUUAAGCGGCUGGUCAUGGGCCUUGAUCGUUUCGAGAAGACACCCUGCGGAUUCUGCUUCGUCGAGUAUUACAACCACCAAGACGCCCUGGACUGCCUCAAGUAUAUCGGAGGGACCAAAUUGGACGAGCGCAUAAUCCGGACCGACUUGGACCCUGGGUUUGAAGAAGGUCGGCAAUAUGGACGUGGAAAAUCCGGCGGCCAAGUACGAGACGAAUACCGUGAAGAGUACGACCCAGGUCGUGGAGGCUAUGGCCGUGCUUACGAUGAGCUGCGCCGCGCAGAGGAGCAAUAUGGCUCGGGCCGGUAG